AUGGAUCUCAUCCUUGCCAUUGUUCCCUUUCGCCUCGACGAUGCGCGGCGUAUUGGAUCAAGAGGCGGCUCAAGGUGGACGAUAGGCAAAUACGGCCAUUUCCCUCCACACACCCUCCCUCGUCACGUGGACCCCGUACACAUCUUGAGGAACGCCCCUCUCGCCUCCGCUAUGAGUACACACGCUGCAAUCUUCAGCGCUGGCGUCGGUCAGAGGGAGAAUGUCGCUGCUGUUGCUGUUGGUGAUACUGAGGCGACAUCCCUCGGCUCAAGUGUGGCGAAGACUGAUGAUACCCACGUUGUUGGCUUUGAGAAGGAUUCAAAGGUCGAUACAGCGGCGACGAAUGAUGUGAACAAGUCCCUUGUGCCCGUUGAUGUUGGUGGUGUUGAGCCAGAGGAGGGGGCUGAUACUGCGGUGAAGCUUGCUGGGAGGAUGAAGUGUGAUGUUGGUAUUGAUAUUGUGGCGAGUAGUGUUGUUGGAGGAAGACUUCUCGCUCCUCAACAGGCGAACAAGCAAGCGUAUCAAAAUACAAAUUCUGAGGAACCACAGACCGACUCCGUUCGUCGUGCCUUCAAGGGGACUAUGACUGUUUGGAGCACUUCCAUUGGGCCCAUAUUCGGGUAUUUGCAGGCCAGGUUUUUGUGGUGCAUUGGAGGGGGUGGUGGAGAUAGAGGAGGAGGGGGUAAAGUGUUGUUGUUGGUGCUGGAGGUGGAGGUGGAGGGGGUAAAAGUGGAAGAGUAUGGGUUGGCACAGGGUUGGCAGUAUACUUCGACAAAGGCCUUUGGCAGGUUAAUGCGAACACGAAGCACUCGUAUGCGAAAAUGCAAAAGCCGGGUUCCUGUUCGAUCCAGGUCUGGGUGUGGUUGA